AUGCUUACAAAACAAUAGGCUUUUAAAAGAUCAGAAUCACUCUCAGAAGUUGAUUACAGAAUAUAUGUAGAGUUGCUAAGAGGUAAAGUUUAUAGAGGAGUCAUAUUCAUAUCGGUUCAUAUUCACAAAAGUGAUGGAUUAUUCUUUGAUUGGUAAGGCGGUAAACUUGAUGGAGUAACAGUGAACGGUAAUGCAGUUGAAUGGAAAUUGGAAGAAGGAUUCAUUACAUUGGUUGGCUAAGAAAAUCUUUAAGGCCAGACUGAAAUAAGAAUAAAUUUUGAGAACGAAUAUUCUACCACAGGUUAUGGAUUGCAUUCAUUUAUUGAUUCAGACGAAUAAUAAUAUCUAUAUUCAUAAUGCGAACCCCAUCACUUUUCCAAGAUGUUUCCAUGCUUUGAUCAACCAGAUUUAAAAGGCACUCUUAAGUUGAUUGCUCAGGCUCCAAAAGAAUGGAAGAUAAUCAGCAAUGAAAAGAAAGUAGAAGGAAAUCUGUAAAAUAUAGAAUUGGUAUUGGUCUAAGAAUUAGGUUACAUUUAACAUAAGGAUGAUUAUUAAAUAUAAGAGUUUGUGAAAACUAAAAAAUUAUCCACUUAUCUCUAUGCUGUUGUUGCAGGACCCUAUGAGGAGAUAAAAUGUGAAGAAUUGCAUAAUGGAAUUGAAAUGAGCUUGUUCUGUAGAGUUUCUUUGAAAUAAUUUUUGUAAGGAGACAGCAAUGACAUUUUUAAACUAACAAAGGAUGGUAUGAAAUAUUAUGAAUAACUAUUCUAAUUUCCAUAUCCAUUUAGCAAAUACGAUCAAAUAUUUUGUCCAGAAUAUGCUACAGGUGCUAUGGAAAAUGCUGGAGCUGUUACUAUAAAUGAUAAUCAAAUAUUCAAAGAGGAAGUGCCCAUAGAUUAAAUUGCAUAAAGAGGAAAUGUUCUGUUGCAUGAACUGUCACAUAUGUGGUUUGGAGAUUUGGUAACAAUGAAAUGGUGGGAUGAUUUAUGGUUGAAUGAGAGUUUUGCCGAAUUCAUUUCACAUUUAUGCUAAACAAAGGUUCACAACAUUCCUAUUGAUCAUUGGGUGGAAUUCUUAAAGAGUAAAAUCUGGGGUUAUAUAACAGAUCAGAGAAACACUACUCAUCCCAUCUUCUGCGAUGUUCAGAAUACUGAUCAAGCAGACAAUAUUUUUGAUGGGAUUACCUAUGCUAAAGGUGCAGCCUUAUUAAAACAGUUAUUCACUAUGAUGGGAGAACAAAAAUUCAGUCAAGCUAUGGGAUAAUAUUUUAACAAGUAUCAAUAUUCAAACACAACUCUUGCUGAUUUCUUUGGAGUCUUGAAAUAGCAAUUUGAAGGAGACUAUUUGCUAUAGUGGUAAUAAGAUUGGAUUAUGAAGGCUGGUUUAAAUUUGGUUGAACUUACCUCAGUCAAUGAAAAAAGCUAUACAUUCAAAUAAACAGCAACUCUUAAAGACUUGCAUCCAACCUUAAGAAAUCAAAUGUUCAAAGUUGGAUUAUAUGAUCAUGAUGGCAAAGAAUUAGAAGUCAAACUCAUUUAAUUAAAUCCAACUGAAGAAACUGUUUUAGAAUUCGAACAUUAGAAUGCUUAUGUACUCUUAAAUUUUGAUGAUGGUUCAUUCGUAAAAACUUCAUAUUCAUAAUAAUAAGCAGACUUUUUCCUAAAGAAUCUCUCUAAUCUCUCAACUAUCAAUAGAGUUUUGGUCUUGAGAUCUAUUUGGGAUUAAGUUAGAGAUGGACUUACUGGUUUUACAACAUUCAUCAAUGGAGUUUUGAAAUCAUUACUGAAUGAAACUGAUGAUGCAGUUCUUUAAAUGGUUUUAGAAUGGUGCACUGGAGGUGUCUCUUUCUAUUGUCCAAUCAAGCAUAGAUAAACCUUUGAGAAUGAAUUGGCUCAUGUGAUUAUUGAAUUAUUGAGAAAGUGUCCAAAGGAAAAUAAAAACAAAAGAUUAAUAUUAUUAGAUUAUUUGGCAUUAUGGGGUACAUCUCAAUAAAAUUUGGAAUUCUUGUUACAACACAUCAAUUCAGAUGAUGCAGAAUUCGGUUUCAUAGGGUUGUCAAAUGGAUGGCGAAUAAUUAGAAACAUAUUUGCUAAUCUUAACAUUCCCAAAGAACAAAAAUGGUAGCUAUUUGAAAAAUGGGCUUAAAGAGAUGGAACAGACGAAGUCAGACUUUAAAAAAGAUUUUUAGAAAACCUGUUUAACUUCGAUAAACUUUGGGAUUAUUUCAUUAAUUAUAACAAAGAAGAGAGUAUUCCAAUGGUUAGGGAAGCAAUGGCUGCAUUUAAUCACAAAAUAUAUUUAGAAUAAUUACAAACAUAUGAGUAGAAGUAUUUUGAAGCCUUACCAACGAUAUUUUCAACUAAGAGUUCAGAAUAUGCAAAGGAGUUCUAUCAUUCCCUAUAUCCAAUUAAUGACAAUAUUAACUCAUAUAUCGAACUAUGUGAGAAAACCUUGUUAAAGUCAUAACACGAUAUCUUAACUAAAUUUUUAAAGGAUUCAAUAGAUGCAGAUUAAAGAAGAUUAAAAACUUAUAAGUUCUUUUUGGAUCCAAAAUGA